AAAGGCGGUGGAAUAAUCGCAUUACACAUUGUAGUGUAUGUUAGAUCGUACAAUGGUGGGUCUUUCAUUUGUUACGGUAGCAAUAUGCUACUUUGGCUCAUUCGCCAUCGCAAACAAGGCAAAUGACAAACGUACCCUCAAGGAGGAUUUAAUGUUAUUUGAUAAGUUACUAUGUGAGAAAUCUGCAGAUAACAUGAAGCAGGAGAUCGGAAAUACAUUGAAGAAGGAUAAGGAGAAAACGUACAGUUAUAUUAAAGAGUUUUAUGAUAGGAUUAAGAAGAAUUGUAAUAUUUUAACAACCGAGAUUAACGAUCAUCAGUUAUCUUCAGACAGCUCGUCCGGUAAUUUGUUGACUGAAUUAAAGGACCUUCUCAAAUUAUUGGAGGACAAAUGCAAGAGUAUUAGGGCAAUCGCGUUACGCACUCCAGAUGACCAAUCUAUAAUAGCUAACUGGCUCGUUGAUUUUGGCGUUGUUGAGCAAAAGGAAGAUGUAAAGACUAGCGUAAACAGGGAUCAUCUCAAGAGGUGUUAUAGGUCAUUCUAUCAUCACAUAGAUGGAUUAGAGAAGGUGUUGGGAAUUGUGGAUCGUGCCGAAUCGCGUAACGCUGAUAAAGAAGAUGCUGAUGCAGAUUACUACGGCGAGGAUGAGGACGAAGCUAAUCAUGAAGACUGUAGCCACCCAGAGCACCACGGUCACCAAUUCCCAGGAGGUAAGCCGAAUAUUAUAAGAGUUAGAUUGCCCGGGGUUAACGAGAACGUAGAACGAUCACCAAUAACCGAAAGCGGUCCUGCGCCAGCCAGUCAUCCGACUACUGGACAAACAGAGACUUCUCAGACACCAAACCCGUCUGGUGAUCACAGCACCACUGGAACCACUGUUCCAGGAAGUGAUACUCAAAGCACUGAUCAACUUCCUUCAGGAAAGGGGCCCGGAUCUAACAGCGAUACUAUUUCUUCCUCAACACAGGAUCCAGCUGCACCAGGACCCGUCACUACUGAUGGACAUCUGGAGACCCCUGCCCAACCUUCAGCCACCGCCGCACCAAGUGGAACGGGAUCUAAGAACCCUGCUCAAGAGCCUAACAACAUUCGCGGACCGCAACCACCCGCUAGUCAGCAAUCACAAGCUUACAUCCCUCUGUUUGCUACUGCUGUUGCCACCGUUUUGGUUUCUGUAUUCUAAGCUCCAACACAAGAUGAUGUGUUUUGUGUUAU